AUGAAGACCUCGGCGCUCGUCCCCCUUCUCUGCCUCCUCGCGGGCGCAACCGCCUUCCCCGACCACUCGAACGCGGAUGCUCUCGCCCGCCGCCUCAAUCCCCGCAGGCACCACUCGUCCCAAGUCGAGCGCAUGAUUGAGAAUAUCAAGCGCCAGGAGGCCACCUCGUCCGACGAAAAGACACUCGCCGGGAAGCGUAUCGUCAACAAGCGCGGUCAGACCUGUCGUGUCCGCCCCGCUGCGGCGUCCGCCUCGUCCUCUUCUUCCGCGGCUCCGUCGGCUACCUCGUCCGACGCCGCCGCGGCGUCCAGUGCUGGUGCGCAGGCGGAUGUCAACAUUGGCGGUGUCCACAUUGGGGUGCAGGUCGGUGGCAAUGCUCCCGCUUCUAGCGCCUGGUCCGCCCCGUCUGCCGCUGCCUCCCCCUCCCCGGCUCCUCAGCAGCACACCCCGUCCCCUCCCGCGUCUGGCGGUCUGACCCCCAACGGCAGGAAGGCGGGUAUCUCGGCCGGUGAUGCGCUCAAGGAGUUUGAGAACCAGAUUGGAUGGUACUACAACUGGGCCCCUACCGACCCGUGGCAAUCCUCCAACAAGGUCCAGUUCGUCCCUACACUCUGGGGCGGUGGAUCCGCCGAUUCGACGGACGCUGCGCGUUUGAUCGACUUCAAGGCCAUGUCGUCCACCCCGACGUGGUUGAUUGGCCCCAACGAGCCGGAUUGUGAGGCUGGGGGUCAGAUGUCGGCCGGGAUGACGAUUGAUGCGACCGCCUCGCUCUGGAACGAGCUCAUGGCUCCCAAGGGCAACGCUGGCGCCAUGCUCCUCUCUCCGUCCAUGUGCAAGCAGAUGGCCGAGGACGGCUGGUUGGGUCAGUUCCAAACCAAAAUCUCGCGCGAUUGGGAUAUCACCAAUGUGCACAUCAACAAGAACAACAUGGAGGGUGUCAAGGCGACGAUUGAUUAUUACUACAACAAGUACAAGAAGCCGCUUUGGGUUACCGAGUUCGCUUGCGUCAACGACAACCCCAACUUUGUCCCCUGCACAGACCAAGGGCAGAUCAACCAGUUUAUCCACGAUAUUGUGGAUGUGCUGCAGAAUGAUGGUCGGGUUUACGCUUAUGCCUACUCGAACGGGAACGGGCUUGGAAACGUCUGGCCCCUCUGGAACAACGGCCAGCUCUCGGAAUCCGGAAAGGCGUACCGAUCCGCCCUGAGCAAGUACUACUAG